GCAGCAAGAUGCCCUUGAUCCCAUUGGCUAUUGCAAUCUGCAGUGAUAUACUUACCCUCGAAUAUAUCGUCGUGUAGGCUUCUGCAGAGAACAGACCAUUUAUAAAGGAAAAUAUCCCAACACUGCAUUUUAUUCAGUCCAAACUAGCACAUGGCAACCCAUAAUUUAGCUUGACAGACCUUGGCCUCAUCAAGUACUUUUCUGCUAAUUACAUUGUCAAAACCUGUGAAGGUGACAUUAAGCAGAGGUGGAAAUUCAAAGUUAUGCUCCCAUGGAUGUUGUGCAAGGGCCUUCAGCAAAGCAUUUGACAAGGUGUCACAUGGCAGCUUGGUCUCGAUGAUCAGGUUCCACGCUGUCCGGAGAGAGCAAAUUGGAUGUAUUCAAAAUUAGCUUCAAGGUAGCAAGCAAAGAGUGGUGGUUGAAGAUUUCUCCUCGCAAUGGAGGCGUGUAAUUAGCGGUGUGCCGUGGGGCUACAAGUUGGGACCUUUGAUAUUCGUUAUUUUAUAGCAAUGAUUUGGAUGCGGUUGCACAAGGAUUACUUGACUGGUAAGUUCGCAGAAUGCACAACCUUAGUAUUUGUUGUUCACAGAGAAGAUUAUCGUAGCAUCUAGGGGAUCUAAAUGGACAGGGUCUGGUAAAGAGAUUGCAAACCCAAUCUGAUCAGCAGCGGAUUCAUGCAGAUGUUGGGGAUCAUGUGGACGAAACAGCCAGAGGAAGUGGAUGAGGCAGGUGCAGUUCCAUAAAUCAAAAAGCAGUUGGGGUGUGUAGAUGGAGUGAAGAGGCCAGAAGGGAGAUGGCCCUAUCACAGGAAAUCCUGACCAUCUCAGUGGGCACUGUGGUUGGCAUUGUGUCGUUGGGCUGAACGCUCUGAAUUUGCAUUUUCUUGCUCUGUGACUCUGUCAGUAGAUGCGCCAGGUACCAGUGGACAGAUAUGGUGUGGAAGUGGUUACUAACAGGGAAUGUUUGGUCCCCAUGCCAAAUGCUACAAGGGAUGGAAAUACUGUCAUAUUUGCAAAGCAGUCGUACUCUCCGACUCACUGUCUGCUUGUUGUGAAAUUUAGAGCCUCACCAGCAGGUGGAGCCGUCCUGCAGAGCGACCAAAGUGUAAACAAGACGACGACAAUCAACAAUCGUCAGUCAGAAUCAGAAUGGACAAAGAGCCAGAGUUUACAAUCUCCGACCUCCUGGCACAGGGGGAGGAAUAUCGACUGUACCAGCUGACAAAGUUCUACAGGGACAGACUCAAACAAGCAAUUGAAGAAAAGGUUGAGAGACUGGGUUGGAUGUUGACAAAGGAGGGACAUUUCAGUAGAGAAGAAAAUGAGCAAUUCACUGAGCUGACAGAGAAGGGAAACCGGGCAGAGAGUUCCAGACUCUUCCUCAGUUUGGUGAAUGGCAAAGGCUCCCUGGCCCGGAGGGCGAUGUGGGAAUCCUUUGUGACAUGGAGGACUGAGUUACCGAAGUUGGACAGAAUACUGAGGGAAAUUCAGGAACUCGGUCCUGAUCCACAGGAAUACAUGAACAUCGGCCAAGGUUUAUAUGAAUUACCCACUCAGCUGAUCGAUGUUCAACAGAAACACAAGGAGACUCUGCGGACACAAACUGAAACACUGAGAGUGAACACGAUCCUGAUGAGGGAGAAGGUGAAGGUUUUCCAGCUGGCUGAUCAAUACGCUGAGCUCACGGUCAUUUCUACUGUUCGAGAUCGGACACUGGUGGAACAUGAGCUGCUGGCAAGAGGCAGAGAACAUGAGCAUGAAAGAGAGAAACAACUCCGCAGACAGCUGGAAAAAAUCCGUACUGAUCAGUUAUUCCAGAGCAGCUUUUCCCGGAGUAAAUCCAAAUCUGGGAGUUCAGCAGCAGUGGCCGGAGUCCCGGGAAUCGGGAAAACAACGAUGGUACAAAAGAUUGUUAAUGACUGGGCCAUGGGGAAAAUAUACCGACAAUUCCAGUUUGUCUUCAGUUUCAAAUUCCGAGAUUUAAACACCAUUAAUUGCAGAAUAAACCUGAGGGAACUGAUUCUGGAUCAGUAUUCUUACUUUGGGAAUUUCCUGAGAGAGGUGUGGAAGAAUCCAGAAGGAUUACUGUUUAUAUUCGAUGGUUUGGAUGAAUUCAAACACAAAAUCGAUUUUGCGGACAGUCGGAGAGAUACAGAACCAAAGCACCAGUGCCCAGAUCCCGAGUGGUGGUGUGAAGUGUCGGACAUUGUGUACAGUUUAAUCCAGGGCAAGCUGCUCCCAGGGUGUUCAGUGCUGGUGACCACCCGCCCCACUGCAUUACAUUUAUUGGAAAAGGCGGAUAUCAGUGUCUGGGCUGAAAUCCUGGGAUUUGUUGAUGAGGAACGGAAGGAAUAUUUCAUCAGACAUUUUGAAGAUCAGACGGUGGCGGAAGCUGUUUUCAAUUAUGUGAAGGAGAACGAGAUCCUGUACACCAUGACCUACAACCCCUCCUACUGCUGGAUCCUCGCUCUGGCACUAGGCCCCUUCUUCACACAAAGAGUCAGGGACCCACAGCGAGUUCCCAAGACCAUCACCCAACUGUACUCCUACUAUAUUUACAACAUCCUGAAAAACCACGGCCGUGAGAUUGAGAGACCCCGUGAUGUGUUACUCAGGGUUGGUCAGAUGGCCUUCAGAGGAGUGUCCGAGAAGAAGAUUGUGUUUACAGAUGGAGAUUUGGUCAACUACAGUCUGCAGCCUUCCCAGUUCCUGUCCGGGUUCCUGAUGGAGCUUUUGGAGAGAGAGGAUUCUGCCCAAAGCGUGGUGUACACAUUCCCACACCUCACCAUCCAAGAGUUUGUAGCUGCAGUCGCACAAUUCCUGAAUCCACAUCCCGGGGAUAUCCUGAAAUUCCUCACUAAAGCCCACAACACGGCAGAUGGGCGAUUUGAGAUAUUUCUCCGUUUUGUUGCUGGUCUCUCCUCCGCAAUGACAGCUCGGGGCCUGGUGGAGUUUCUGGGUCCAUUUCCUCAUGAAACAACCUGCCGGGUGAUUGACUGGGUGAAGGAGGAGGUUAAACGUCAGAUUGGAAACACAGGGAGUGAAGCUGGUAAAAGGAGCCUCUUGAACACAUUGCACUACCUGUUUGAGUCUCAGAAUCGUGGACUGGCUCAGGAAACACUGGGAUCUGUGGAAACACUUUCAUUCCGUGGAAUGACACUGACCCCGAUUGACUGCGCCGUCCUGUCUCAUGUCAUCGGAUUCUGUGAUACAAUAAAAGACCUCAACCUGGGGAACUGCCACAUUGAGUGUGAGGGAAUCCAGCGGCUGGGACCCGGGCUGCAUAAGUGCCAGGUGUUGAGGUAACUUGAUUUAUCACUC